CCGGGUGCCGUGCGCGGAGCUGGAACUUUGUAACCCGAGCGCGCAGGCUGCGCCGCUCCUCCCAGUGCCCCGGCGGGCGAGUGAGCGCGGCGGCCGGCGGGCGUGCGGGCGUGCGGGCGGCGCGGGAGGUGGGCCCAGCGGGCGGGAAGGAGCCGGGCCCGGAGCCUAGGAGCGGGGCCCGCAGCCGGCCCUCCCGACCCAGGGCGCAGGGGGCGGCGCGCCAGGGGACCCUCGCGCCCGGCCGAUCCCGGGGGUGGGGGGGCCUGGGCUGGGAGCCCCGCGUCUCCGCCGCUGCGGGCGGGCGACUCCGGAACAGCGGCUGAAGCCCGGCUCCCGAGAGGAGGCUCCGCAGCUGGACCGCGGCAGCUGGAGGCGGAGCGGUGCGCCCCCGACUGGCCGCGGGCCAUGCAGCCUUGAGCGGCGCCCGGGGACCACUCGGGGACUCCCGGAGGGGCCGGACUGCACUGCAACUCUCAGCCCGGCUGGCACCAAGCUCUUCACCAUGGAGCCCGUGACCAAAUGGAGCCCCAGACAAGUGGUGGACUGGACCAGAGAUCAUGGAUCAACUCUGGCGUAUGAUGAUGUCAGGGACCAAACCUGGGACCUGUCACACCUGCAAGUCCUGUGUUCUACACUUUUGAACAGCCCCGUAGAGAUGGGAGCAUCUUACCUUGAGAGCUUGGAUUUGCCCAACAUGAAAGACAAGAUAGAAACUCAAAGCAUGGUAGAGGGUUCUGUGCUGAAGGGACACUUUCUUGCUUUGACAGGCUUGGACGAUUGCCUGCAGCAGUAUGUCCACAAGUUUGAGCGGGAGAAGAUCAAUGGGGAGCAGCUGCUGCAAAUCUCUCAUCAGGAUCUGGAGGAGCUCGGUGUCACACGGAUCGGACACCAGGAGCUUGUGUUGGAGGCUGUCGACCUACUCUGUGCACUGAACUAUGGCCUUGAGACCGAUAACAUGAAGAACUUGGUUCUGAAGCUCCGAGCCUCUUCCCACAACUUGCAGAAUUACACAAGCAGCCGGCGGAAGAGCCCAGCUUACGACGGGAACACAUCCCGCAAGCCCCCCAAUGAGUUCCUGACUUCCGUGGUGGAGCUCAUCGGCGCUGCCAAGGCCUUGCUGGCGUGGCUGGACCGGGCUCCAUUCACUGGGAUCUCAGAUUUCUCAGCAACGAAGAACAAAAUCAUCCAGCUUUGCCUGGACCUGACCACCACGGUCCAGAAGGAUUGCCUGGUUGCUGAGAUGGAGGAUAAAGUUUUAACUGUAGUCAAGGUCUUAAAUGGCAUCUGUGACAAAACUGUCCGCUCCACGGCGGACCCAGUGAUGAGCCAGUGUGCGUGCCUGGAGGAAGUCCACUUACCCAACAUCAAGCCUGGGGAGGGCCUGGGCAUGUACAUCAAAUCCACCUACGACGGGCUCCAUGUGAUCACCGGGACCACAGAAAAUUCGCCCGCAGAUAAGUCUCAGAAGAUCCACGCUGGUGAUGAAGUUAUUCAAGUCAAUCGGCAAACUGUGGUGGGGUGGCAGCUGAAAAACCUGGUGAGAAAGUUGAGAGAGAAUCCUACAGGAGUCGUGCUGCUGCUUAAGAAGCGCCCCACAGGCUCCUUCAACUUCACUCCUGCGCCCCUAAAAAACCUGCGCUGGAAGCCGCCUCUCGUGCAGACCUCACCUCCUCCCACCACAACCCAGUCCCCUGAGAGCACCAUGGACGCCUCGUUGAAGAAGGAGAAGCCCGCCAUCCUGGACCUGUACAUCCCCCCUCCACCUGCUGUCCCCUACUCUCCCCGGGAUGACCAUGGAAGUUUUGUCUCCGGGGGCUUCAGUAAAUGCAAACAGCCUGUCCGGAAGGGUUCCGAGUCCCCCAAUUCCUUCUUGGACCAGGAAAGCCAGAGAAGGAGGUUCACCAUUGCUGAUUCUGAUCAGCUGCCUGGCUAUUCAGUAGAGACCAAUGUCCUGCCCACAAAAAUGAGAGAGAAAACAUCAUCUUAUGGCAAGCCCCGACCUUUGUCCAUGCCUGCUGAUGGGAGCUGGAUGGGGAUUGUGGAUCCUUUUGCCAGACCUAGAGGCCACGGAAGGAAAGGUGAGGAUGCUCUCUGCAGGUACUUCAGCAACGAGCGCAUCCCGCCCAUUGUGGAGGAGAGCUGUCCUCAGUACCGCUUCUCCAGGGCCCCAGUGGAGAGGCAGCUGGUGAGGGGUGCCGACUACAUCCGGGGCAGCAGGUGCUACCUCAAUUCGGAUCUCCACAGCAGCGCCACCAUCCCGUUCCAGGAGGAAGGGACCAAAAAGAAAGCCGUGUCCACGGGGGCCAAGUCCACUGAACCCUCCUUGUUGGUCAGCUGGCUCACUCGCCUCAAACUCUUGACUCACUGAGCCCUUUCCUCUCCCCCCAGCUGCUCUCUUCUCCUGCCACCAAGUGCCUUGUGUCCUCAGCUGCCGACCUGAUUUUGCAUUCGCAGUAUUAUAUUAGUGACUUCCUGCCAUUUCUCCCUUUUUUUUUGAAAGCGUGUACCAUUUAUGGAAUUUGGAAGUGAUUGUAAGGGAACCAACACAGAAUGAUUGGGGUGUCUGUUGUUCUUGGUCAGAAGAUGGAGCUGGACUGUUCUAGAAACCUGAGCUAUGACCAGGGUUGCUCUGGCCACUAAUGAGGCUGGGUGUUGGGGGCUAAGAGGAGACUGUUUGAGAGGUGGGAUGAAAGUGGGUGGCCAUUGUCACACAGGUGAGUUUGACCGUCCCACUUCUGCUCCUGGCAAAGCACAAGAACGUGAAGAAAAUGUAUUUGACCCCCCCCCCCCCAUCUAGCUACCCCUUCUGGAAGGGAAGGACAGUAGCCAUUUCUGUGAAGCAGUACGUGACAGAGUUCUGUCUGAUGCUCCUUCGAAGCGGAAGAUAAAGGCUACACCCAUUACUUUUGCUCCAUCCCUUGUUCAUAAUGACGUCUGUGUAGGUUGAGGCUGACAGAGAUGUGAGGUCAUGUCCACAGAGGGCUUAUUCCACAAGAAGAACUUCCUGGUUCCUUUGAAGGUGUGGUGGUUGUUAUAUAUUAUCAUCUUUAAGGGGAAAGAAGUUACAUGAUGUGCUGACUGGCAACCAAAAGGCUCAAUUCAGACAAAAACAAAACCAAAAAAAAAAAAAAAUGAAGCACCAGUUCUUAGGUUUAUGAGGGAGACAUCAGGCUGCAUUUUGACCUGUUCGUUGAGCAUUUGUUUUCUUUAAAGGAGCAGGUGGUUCUUUUUGAAGGCCUAUAAAUCUUGCUCCCUAUCUCAGGAGCUCUCACAGUCACUAAGCUCAUUCCCAACUAGCAAAAACCGUGUGUCUGAUAUUAAUUCUUGUCUCAAUGGAAUGUAUGAUAUUUCGCUAGAAUGGAGAAGUGCUGUCCUGUUAAUUUAAGUGUUUUAAAUAUAGUUGUAUAUUUUUUCUUACUCUCA